GAAUAUUUGAAAAUGUUGUUUUCUUAAUAAUCAAUUUCAGAACUACAAUUUCGAUGGAGAUGAAAUUUUGCAUUUAGAUGUAAAAUAAUAAUUUCAAGCAUCUUACGAAAUUUAAUGUUGAUCGAGACUCUGGAAGCAGAAAAAAUUCAAGAAUAAUAUCAAAAAACCUCGAUAUAAAAGCGACAACCGUUCUCACCCAUCAGUAGAGAUUUUGCGUGGACAUCAGAUCUGACAUCUGAACGAGUUAAAAUUUUUCUUGUAGAGCUAUUAUAACAAUCUCAAGCUAAAUGCAGAAUCUCAAGUAGAUCGCAUCACCAGAAUCAUAGAUAAUUCAGAAAAUGAUCAAAAAAUCAACCAAUAUUUUGUCUAUAAACUUUGUUUAAAAUUAGUUUGUAAAUGUGAAAUAAUCACUCGAAUUUUCAUGAUAAAUUUCAGAAGAAUAAUCUUCAAGUGGACACUAAAUUAACAGCGCUCAAAAGCCUCUCUAGCAGUUUCCAUUGUUUUGUUGUACAGCUUUAGUAGGUAUUUCCAAAAUAUAAACUUUUGAAAUUCUUAUGUCUCAGCUGAAAUUCCUUAUUAACACCAAAAACUAUUAAAUAAACCAUACACGAAUAUAUAUACUCCCGAAGUAUACGCUUCACUUUACAAUGCAAUCACUCGUAAAUCAUGUCAAUUGUUUUUUUUUUCUUGUGAACCCCAAUUAGUAAAAGUGUUCGCCCUGAUAAAAACAAUUCAAAAUUCCGUAGAACAAUACAAGGAGAUACAGAGAAAAUAAUGUUGGAUUUAGUGUUAUCGUCCGUUGAAUACAUAAAUUGUGGACGACAUUCAAUAAUAAUCAGUUCAUUUGCGAAGUUACUGUAUAUAGACUGAAUUUUUGGAUAUGCUCUUUAUUAUACAAGGUGGGACGAUAGUUCGGCCUAUUCAGUGUGAAAAGCUCCAGCACUAAUUUUUCGUUAAUAUAUUCUGUUGAUUUUUAACCCUCAAAAUACACCGAUCGGUUUCUUAAGAUGAUAAAUGGAAAUCGAAUCAUGCCCAACAUUGGAUUAUCAUUCUUUACAAACAUAUUUUAUGGAAUUCCAUUAAACAGAAAAUAUAUUUUCAUACCUCUGCUGAUAUUCGUGACGCUGUCUUCUCUACUUUUUUCAAUAGUACAAGUCAAGAGCCUUCAAUGGGAGGACAAAAUUACUUUGGAAACUGGUCUGAUGCUGUUCGUAUAUGGCCUGAUUUUUUUCACAGCUUCGUUUGAGGCUUCCAACCAUUUAUUUUUUUACACUGGCACUGGGAAAAUGUUGAUAAAAAAGUAUGGAUUAACCAAGGGUUUUGUUUUGGAAAUCAGCAACAAAAAUGUAUCUGCUAUACAAGCCUUAUUUUGCUGUAUCACUGGACUCACAUCAACAUGUUAUUCUUGCACAAGAGAUAUGCUCAAAACCUCUCACUAUAUCUCAGAAGCGUACGCUUGGUUUGGAGCUGCAUAUUUUCUCUAUGACAUAUGGUCUAUGUACGUGGUACAGGUGGCAGUGGAUAAGGAUAAUAGCAAGAAUGAUUUGGCAAAUGGUAGCAUGAACAAUGGACUCACACAUUCCAUUGAAACUGAAAGGGAUGCCAAUGUAAAUUCAACAAGUUUUCUAUCCAAGUUCUGGAUCUUUGUUAAAACUAACCCAGUAAUAGUGGGACAUCACGUGUUUGUUGGAGGAUUUGGGUUUCUAGUCAUAACUUACCUGAGGGGAGGAUUAGGAGAUUGUUUCUUUGGUUUUGUGUACCUCAUGGAAGCAAGUACCCCUUUUGUGUCAAUGAGGUCAAUUAUUUCAAAGAUGGGUUUCAAGAACUCAAGAUUUUAUGUGUUGAAUGGAAUACUCAUGAUGAUAUCAUUCUUUGUAUUCAGAGUACUGAUGUGGCCUUUAGUCAUGUUGCUAUAUGCAUAUUCAAUAAAGACAGGCUAUUUCGAAGCUAUUUAUUCGUUACCUAGAGGCUGCAAAAUCAGUAUUCUUAUUUUGAUGUUACCUCAAUUGUAUUGGUUCUUUUUGAUUGUUAAAGGUGCAACCCAGUUGGGUAUGGCGAAAAGAAAGAAAAAGAAAGCUAUGUGAAAUAUAUUCAUCACAUAUAGAGCUCUAUUUCAUCUAUUGAAAUGAGAAAAUACCUCAAUUCCCUGCACAAGAGACUAAAUUGGUAAGAUAAGCAGACUAAAAAAUAUAUCUAUUUAUGGAUGUUUAUCUAUAUUUAUUGAUGUCGCUUCAAGAAAUGUAAAAAAAAUAAUGAAUUGUAGUUUAAGUGAAUCACUGUUAGAGAAGAUUGCAUUACAACUUUUCCGAAUUACACAACCAUCUAUGUACACGAUAAAAGGACUGAAACUCAUUAUUAACAUCGAUAUUUCUUUGAAGAAUGUGGCUUUCAACUUAUGAGUUGAAUGUUGACUUCAUCUCAUAUUUAGGGUUGGAAUCCAAAUAUGUUUAGUACACAUGCUGUGAAUUUAUAUAAUAUUUAUUAUUUAGUGAAGGUAUUUAUAAGUUUCAAAAACAAGUAGUGAAGAAUUAACAAAUUCCCAAAAAUAUAGUUUUUAUAAUGAAUAUUAUUCAUCAAUGAAUUUCCAGUGACCAAUUUAUGUUUCAUAUAAGUCAUCAGAUGAAAUUUAAUAAAUCUUAGGACAUCAAAAAAAUAUAUAGGUAUGUCAUUACAAGAAAUAUAUUGAAUAUAAAAUUUUGUUGAAAACAAUAUAUCUUAUAUAAGAUUUGGGGCAUUUAAUUUAUUGAAUAUGGAAUGCAUAUUCUACUCAACAUUUGUUAUAUGUUAAAAGAUACUAUAAUUUUGAAAAGAUCAAUUUUGAUUAAAGACGAGAAACAUUCUGUUCCAGGGGUGUUGAGUCAAAAAUAUUGCUUUAUAAGGGGUACCCACUAUUUUACUUGAUUUCCAGACUAUUGCAUUAUUUGAAAUUGAAUUGAUCUUUAGUUACAAGUAUUCUCAAUGUGAUUUAUAUAUUGUGAGAUAUUAUUUUGUGUGUAUAAUCUUAUCUUACUUUUUACUGACAGUUUUAAUAAUAUAACUAUAACAUGAAUAUUCAACUCUUAUGAAAUUCUAUCAUGAAUGUUUCAAAUAUUUUCAUGGAUAGAUAAUGAUCAUUGAAAUUACAAACAGAAGAUCACUUGAUUUAUCUUUUCAAAAGCAGACUUUUACAUCUAGUAGUUAAGUAGUAUUUCUUCAUUUAUUUUUGACAAGAAUGAAAAAUAAAAUUAAAAGAAAUAUCAAUGACUGCUAGACUAAGAAAGAUAUUUUGAAUAGUCAUUUUACACACAAAUCUUGUACUAUCAAUUUAAUUUUAUACUUUCAUCCACAAAUUAAGAAAGUUUCCAUCAUAUGCCAACUAUACAUAAUUUAUUGUAUAAAUUUUUUGUGACUGAGUAUAACAGUUUAUAAAUAAAGUCGUUUUCAAAAAGA